GCGACGACCAAUGAUGAUACCGCGCAGACAGACAAAGAAUACGAACUGACUGCAGAUUACUGCCAUCUCCAUUCUUUAUCUCAUAUGUCAGUGAAUGUCCUUUGCAAAAAAGUGGGUUCCCUUGAUCGAAGAUCAACCACGCUUACAUCCUCAUCGCGUCUACUUCUACAUCUACUUCCACAACUCCAUCACCAUCACCAUCUCCAACCAGCAAAAGAGAACAACAAACCAUCCCACCAACAUCUUCAAAGAUCAAAAUGUCCAACACCACAACCACCUCCCCCAUAAACCCUACCACCACCACCAAUAAUAACAACAACAACCCGCACAACAUCCCCCCCUACACCCCCAUGACCUCCCUCUCCCACGAACUCGGCAUCCUCUUCGGCUUCCUCGCCGCCUGUUUCGUUGUAAUGGGCGUGUAUGUCUUUUUCUGGAGAGCCGCCGAAUUCCGCGAAGAACGCGCACAAACCCUCCGCCGCCAAAUGCUCCUCACGCGGGGGAUACAUCACGGACGGGGUGGGAUUGGGGAGAAGUUCAUCAUUAAACAACAUGGACAUGGACAUGCGCAUGUGCAUGAUGGGAGGUGUUUAGAUGGUAGUACUGGUGCAGGUGGCGGGCUGCAUCAGAGGAAUAUCACGCCGGAGAAUUCUGCAUCUGCUGGGAGUGGGACUAUGUAUAAGGAUGAGAAUGAGAUUGGGGUGGCGUUGACGACGGGGAUGGAUGUGGGUGUGGGUGUUGUUGCGUCGCCGAGUUUGGGACCGAUGACGCCGACUUCUACUACUGGGAGGGAGAUUCCGGUGGGUGGGUUGAAUGUGGGGAUGGGGAGUAGGAUGAAUGUGAAUCAGGGUGGUGUUGGUGGUGUUGGUGGUGGUGGUGCUGGUAGGCAUGAGGUGGAGUAUGGGGUUGAGAUGGAUGUAUUGGGGUUUUUGCAGAGGGGACGGUAA